GUGUUGAUAAUGCGCAAUAACGGAUUCCUUGCAUGUGGAGAGACGGUUGCGGAGGCGUUUCACCUGGCCUAUCUGGUGAUCGUGUCGUGCGAAAUUCAGGUGAUGCUUCUACAAGGCAUAGGUUUCGUGGUCGGUGGGGAAUCGGUCGAGGAGGCGUUCAUCUUAGCCUUCAACCUCAUGCAAGCUUGCGAAUAUCAGGUACUUUAUGUGUGUUCGUCGAAGACGAUGGGUCGGCGUGAAACGACCCUUCUACCCCCAUCGUCGAUGCGUCAUCGUUGUUUUCGCUGUAAUGGCGUCGUCGUCUCCUGGCUCCCUUCUCGUCGUGUGCAUGGUGGCUUGUUGACGUGGUGUGCUUGGCGAAUGCAUGAAAAUGACGUCGUUCGUGCCGCGAGGGCAGGCAUCGAAAACCUGAUCGUACCCAGCGAGGAAGCGCGGCGGAAGGCUUUCGAAAGUGCCCAUAGCGGACCUACGGCUGAGGACCGAAAGAUGGCUGCUGCUGGCGGAAGACAACAGGGCAGGAUCAACUGGAGAACCGGAGAGCUGGAAUGGGAGGCGUGGAUGCGAGUUCUUGACAAUGCGGGCUUCCGCACCGGGCACGCCUAUCGCCAGCCGUCUCUGAGGUGUAAAGUGCCUCCGCCACAGUCCGAAGUCGAAGAACCGCCCGCUGCUUCCUCGUAUGGCAUGUUGGACGAAACCGACAUGUCUUCAAGUGCGAUGAAAGCAUCCCAGAUGAAGCGCGAUCAAGAACGACUACGAUGGAUCAAUUCUCCGACUGUUUACCAGAAGCAAGAGCUUCAGGAAACCGGCACGACAGAGCCGAAGACGUACACCAAGGUUGGUGCUUUUAUGUUUGUAUUUUCAUAG